AUGGAAGGAACAGUAUCACGGACAGAUGCCGCGCCAGCGAGGCACCACUCCAAUGGCGCGACCGCCGUCGAGCGCCGGACAAGCCUCUUGACCAAGUCGGAGCGCGACAAGCUGAAGCGCCGCAAGGAGGCCGAUCAGUCCUACGGCCGCGGCAAGAAGGUCAACCUCAAGACGGUGCGCGACAAGAAGCUCCGCGGCAGCAUGAAGCGCCUCGAGGGCAAGUUCGAGACGGCCGCCCUGCGCGCCCGCGACGCCGAGAUUCUGCUUGAGAAGACAACCGGCUUCCUCGAGCCCGAGACGGAGCUGGAGAGGACCUACAAGGUUCGCCAGCAGGACAUCAUCGAGGAUGUGGCCGUGUCGACGGCGCAGAAGCGGUUCGAGCUGAAGCUCGACCAGCUGGGACCCUACAUCGCCGAGUACUCGCGCAACGGCAGGGACCUGCUGAUGGCGGGGCGAAAGGGCCACAUCGCGACGAUGGACUGGCGCGAGGGCAAGCUGGGGUGCGAGCUGCAGCUGGGCGAGACGAUCAGGGACGUCAAGUGGCUGCACAACAACCAGUUCUUCGCCGUGGCCGCAGAAGAACUAUGUCUACAUCUACGACAAGGACGGUGUCGAGCUGCAUUGCCUGAAGAAGCACCGCGAGUUCACGCACAUGGAGUUUCUGCCCUAUCACUUUCUCCUCUGCACAAUGGCCACCAACGCUGGCUCAAAUACCAAGACACAUCAACGGGUCAGAUUGUGACGGAGCUCCCCACGAAACUCGGUCCCCCGACGGCCAUUACGCACAACCCCUACAACGCCAUCAUCCACGCCGGCCACCAGAACGGCACAGUCACCCUCUGGUCACCAAACUCCCACGACGCCGUCGUCAAGCUGCUGGCGCACCGGGGCGCCGUGCGCUCGGCGGCCGUCGACCGCGAGGCCCGCUACAAUGUGACGACGGGCCAGGGACUCCCGCCCGACAAGGACCUCGACGCCAAACCCGAGAACGUCGAAGAGGAGAUCCGCAACCGCGCCAGGGGCAAGAACGGCGCCCUCAAGAAGUACCUGCGCAAGCAGCGCAAGAAGAACAUCAUCGACGAGAAGAGGAGGAAGGCCGACGAGAUUUGGAACGAGCAGCAAAAGCUCAGGAAGAAGAAGACGCAAGAGGUCGAGGCCGACCUCGGCCCGGGGCUGUCGGGAUGCGUCAUGAAGAAGUAG